GUCCCAGGUAUGGGAGAAGAACUCACUGAGUGUGGCCCUGUGGAGAAGGACCUGAGGGUCCUGGUGGACUAAAAGCCACACGUGAGCCGGUGGUGUGCUCUUGCUGGCCAGAAGGCAAACAGUGUCCUGGGCUGCAUCAACAGAGGGAUGGCCAGUAGAGAAAGGAAGGUGACUGUCCUCCUCUACUCUGCCCUUGUGAGGCCCUACCUGCAGUACUACAUCCAGGCCUGGGGCCCCAGCACAGGAAGGAUGUGGAGUUUUGGAGUUGGACCAGAGGAGGGCCACAAAGGUGAUCAAAGGCCUAGAGUACUUCUCUUAUGAAGAAAGGUUGGAGGAGUUGGGCUUGCUAAACUUAAAGAAGGCUCCAUGGAAACCUCAUUGCAGCUUUUUGGCAGUCCAACUCAAUUUGUUAACAAUUCCAGUUCUCAGGAAAAAAAUAAAAAAUAAAAAAACAGUGUUACUGUUUUAAAACUGAUGAGGAGGUUUUCUCUCCUCCAACAUGUAAAGAACUCCCAAACAAUAUUGUUUAUGAGUGUAGCAGCAAUGUGCGUCAGUCCAAUUAGUAAGUGCAUCACUAAAUGUCACUGUAGCACUUUUGUAGCAUUGAGGGUUGAAAGGCAAGGCAAAGGUUCUAGGCAAAGGCAUGCGAUGCAAGCUUUCUUUCAUGCACCCCAUGUGCAUCAGCAUUAUCCACACCUUGCUGCUCGUAGCCUGGGCAAGCUCUGCUGUGGGGCACUGGGCAACCUCCCCACCUCCUGCUUCAUCAUCCACAUCAGAAUGAUACCACACACAAUGAAGUGCAAUGGGAUUUCACUAGGAAAGAUAACGCAAUCUCUAAAAUGCUGUUCAAGGACUUUAUCCACAAAACGUUCCCCACAAUAAAAAUAAAUAAUAAUAAUUAUUAUAAUCCCACUUGUGCUUCCUGCAUAGUCAUUUCCUUCUCUUCUAAUCCCAGGAGGCUGCAUAAGUGGCAAAGCUGUGUGUUUAUGGAAAAUACAUGUGAGAAAUCCAGAAUCACAUCACUUGUUUGGGUGCUGUCCUGCUUUAGGUAUCAGGAUGCUGCAAUGAGUGUUAGGCCAUUCACAGCUGGACUGUCAGGAAAGCCAAAAGAUGUGUACAUGGCCACCUGAGAUGUGCUCGGCUGCAAAAGCCAGACGUGGCCGUGGAGCUGACCCGCACUAAUGAACCGCUCGGGCCCGACGACGUGUUCAGCGAGGCGCUAGCCGCUAGAACGGUCCUCCCGUACUCCGGCUGGCUUCGCAGAUGCCACAGGAGCGCGCCCGGUAGAUGCGAGGCCGUUGCCAACACCCGCACGGCAGCAGCGCUGCGCAGAUCGGGCUGCCCGAGCACGCUAGGGGGACAGGACCCGACCUGGGGAGUCUGUUGGGGAACCGCAGCGCGCAGCCUGACGCCGGGGCCGGCCGCGGACCUCCGCUCGCUUUGUUCCCCGGCCUCCCCCCGCCCAGCCCCGCACUGAGCAUGUGCGCAGCGCCCCUUCCUCGCCCCGCCCGCGGGCCCCCGCUCCGCACGGAGGAGCCGCAGCUCCGAGCCGUCCCCGCGGCAGCCGGGCCGCAGCCCCGCCGGCAUGGAGUGAGGGAGGCGCGGAGCCCCGCGCCGCCCGGCUCGGCCAUGGAGCUGAGGAGAUCCAUCUCGGCCAGCGCGGAGGCCGAGAGACCCAUGAGGCGCUACGGGGCAGUGGAGGAGACGGAGUGGAAGGCGGAGGCGCUGGGGAGAAAUCAACUUGACAUCAUUUCAAUGGCUGAAACAACAAUGAUGCCUGAGGAAAUAGAGCUAGAGAUGGCAAAGAUCCAGAGACUUCGGGAAGUCUUAGUCAGAAGAGAAUCAGAACUCAGGUUUAUGAUGGAUGACAUCCAGCUUUGCAAAGACAUUAUGAACCUUAAGAAGGAGCUGCAGAGUUUGGUAGCGAUCCCAGAAAAAGAAAAAACAAAGAUGGAGAAACAAAGAGAAGAUGAACUGAUUCAGAAGAUCCAUAGACUGGUGCAAAAAAGAGAUUUUCUUGUAGAUGAUGCAGAGGUGGAGAGAUUAAGAGAGAAGGAAGAAGACAAGGAGAUGGCUGAAUUCCUACGUACUAAGUUAAAACCCUUAGACAAAGCAACACAGUCUCUUACCAGCAGCCCAGCAGAAAAGAAGGCAGAACCUCCUCCAAGCAAGCCUGCCAUUGCCAAGGCAGGAUUGGCCAUUAUUAAAGAUUGCUGUGGAGCCACACAAUGCAGCAUCAUGUAGCUCUGGGCUCUCUACCACAUUUGUCUUUUCAGAUGUUUUCACUGAAGGAAACUGUAGGGUAGAGGGAUUUAACAGCAUUCCACUAGAUGAACAAAGAUCAACUGUGGUACAGCUGUAAUACAUGGAAUGUACAAUGGCAGGUUCUUCACUGUUGCAUGGAUCACUCAACACGCAUGCCUAAAAAGCGAGAAAUCCAUAUAGUGGCUGUCCAGUGACCAGAAGAGAUCUGUAAUAGUGUUAACAAAAAUAUCCCAGUGAUAAAAGUGAAAGAAGUUUCAUCAAGUAAUAUUUAAAAAGCAAUUUUAAUAGGUCACUUCAUAAGAAUUUGUUGUAUACCUUUCCCCUCUCACAAACAACAUUCAAGCAUUUGCUGGAAUAUUCUAUCUUGGCUACUUUUUAAAAUGAGAGCCACAAACAGCAAUGCAGUAUUAGUACAACUGAUAAAUUAAGCAGUUUUAGGGUAACUGAUGUUACAUACAAAACAACUUUCAAGCUAGUGUGAUGCUUAGCUACUCUGCUGUGGAGUUUCACUUGGAAUUUUCUCAAGACUGAAUAUCAGUAACAAGGAUGCUGCAAGUAGAUACAGGUCUUACACCCUUUAUGAUUUCUGAGUUACUCAAAUCAAAUAUUGCUUUCACCAGGGAAAAUGAAUCUUGGUAAAGCUCUAGAAAGCACAGCUACAGUAAUGUGUAAAUAAAUGAUUAUUCCAACACUGUCUUAUUUCUCUCAUAGCUCUCCACCUAACAUAGACUGAGAGGAGUAAUCAACAGAAGUUUUGUCUUCUAUUGAAGUUGUAUGCAGUAUGAGAUUACCUACCAGCGGUGGGUUGCUGGGAGAAGAGCUGAACAUAAAAACACAGAAACAGCAUUUAACUAAUAGCUUAAAACCAGCUAUUAAUUGCGUAAUUAAUGACCAUAAGAAAUAGAAGCUUUCAAGCAUGGGAAGACGUUAGCCACCCAAUACAAAUUGGCCACAAGACAAAUAGAAAAACACAGAAGUAGAUACCUGUGAAGAUGAUCACAUCCUACACAAAAUAGGUUUAAAGUUAAGGGCAAUACAGAAAGACGUGUGUGUUUCUCCAUUUAAUGCAUUUCUGGUCUCUAUGCAGAUUAAACCCUGUAGAAUCUAAUAUUAGCUGUCAGUAGCCAGUAGGUGUGUGACUAUUCCAUAUAAAUGUAUUGUGAUAGGUGUAAAUAUUCAAGUAAAUAUACAUGAUAUGAUGAGAAAACAAUCUCAGGCUUAGAAGUAACAAACGGAUAGCAAAAAGUUCUUCAAAUAAGAAAGUUUCGAAGAGUAACUUCAAUUUUGCAAAACCAGCCAAGUUAAAUGUGCACUUGUACAGAAAAGAGCUGCACUUAUGGGUAAAGGGGAAAAAUACCAACAGCAGAGCUACCCAGAAAGAAUAGACACAUUUUUAGAGAAAGUACCUUACUAAGUUUUGAGGAGAAACACCAUCAAAAGCAAAUCAGGCUGUUCUUGUACAAAUUAGAAAACAACCCUCUAGAAUCGGAACAUUCGCAUUUCCAGAGUCACUGCAGAAUCCAAGCUCACACAUGACACAGGACUGGUAGUGACAAGUUCCUUAAGAUGCAAGGAUUAAGGAUGAAAUAACACCAAAAGGUUUCCAGGAAGACACGAAGCACAUUAAAUACUUUGAACAAAGACAUAAAGAGGAAACAUACCCAAGGCUGAGUAGUCAAAUACAGUUGGGCACCCUCACUGAUACACAACGUAUCGAGCCCCGUAGGUGGUAACAGCUACUCUGUCUGGUGAGUUGUAGGCUGUAUAGCACCUGGGUGCUUGUGGGAGUUCUGGGAGGGACUGCUUUACCUGUGAGGGAAAAUACACACUGGAGUGCAAGGAAUGAUCACUGACUUCUGGACACUUCAGCAGAAUUUGCUGGUACCCUAUUAAGAUACUGACAACUCCUGAUGUCUUUUAAGAUAUAGAUGUUUGGUGCUGUUAACAAAGCCAAAGGGAAGUUAAAAAAUAACCUGUAGUGAAGCCUGAGGAGGGUCUACUGUUACAACCAAGUAUUGCAAAUGCCAGUAAGCAAAGGGCUUCACAUACAGGUGUCACAAGAUGUGACUUAGAAACAUUAGGAGUAUAAACCAGGCUGUGCUGAUGGCCAGGGUAAGUCCUAUGUGCCACACAGCUGCCUACCAUCACUCCCUUAGGAAGAGAAAAUAAUCAGCAAGACAUAGGUUUGUAUUAAAAAAGUUUCACUGACAUAAAAUGAAGCUACACACCUCCGGGAUUCAGCAGGCAUGACUACAAAGCUCUCUCUAACCAAAAUGAAGGAAAAGCCCAACAAAUACAAACACAAAGUAUUCAUACACAGUUAGCAUAGUUAGCCAGUGCCCUGAGGGAUUUGAUCAACAGCAGCAUUAAUGGGAGUAAACUUUAUUUCCAGAAGCAAUACCCUCGCUGAAAGGUUUUCUUUACGUGGCUCCUUUGGAUGAGGAGUUUGCAGUGCUGCUUCACAAUAAAGUUCAGUUUUUUUUAAAAAAAAAAAAGACAGAGGUUCUCAGCUGGGGUCAGCAGCACUGGUUUACCAUGCUGUCCAUCCUGAACACAGCACAGCCCUAAUGGUUUGCUUCAGACAGCUGUAACUGAACAAAUGAAACUUGGGAAGUGUGUAGAAACUUUGGUCCUUGUACUAAGAAGAAAUGCGACAAAAAUACAGCACUUACCAUGAGGCAUUGGAGCUUCCAUGACACAAUGAACACAGAACAGUGUGCACACCCCCCGCUUUAAAACCAGCAGAAAACCUGAGACAGGUAUGUUUAGGUGGCUGCAUGGAGCAGCUGCCGUCAUUUCAGAGCCAAUUCUCCAAUGCUGUUACUGUCUGCAGAGAGGAAAUUUGUUUGACCAAAGCACCUAAAAGCUUUUCUUGAAGUUCUGGCUGUUAAUCCAGCCAAAAAGGCAGCAAGGCUUCAGAAAGAAGUUGGAGGUAGAUUUGACGCCUCUCUACGAGCUGGUAAACAUGGCAAUGCUCUGGGAAGGAUCUUGGCUUGCAAUGAAAAAAGUGACGAAGUGCUAUUUGUACUGAUCAUUAGUUCUACCAGCAAAUGGUUCUCUUGUACCCUCCCCUAGGCCUGCUGAAGAGUCAGCAAAGUUAAAUGUAUUUCCAAAUAAACUAAGCUGCUGUAUUAUACUAA